UUUUGCCAGGGCAUCUGCCGUUCACGUCCUCCAACAAGUCCGCUGGCAAUAGCGAGCUAGCAGCAGAGGCGGCAUCCUCAGGGUCGGCGUUCAAGGUGAAGGGUGUCCGUCAUGUGCUAUCGUAUGGGGCAGAUAUCGACAAGAUGGCAGCUACUCUGCUGUCAUCGAAGAGCAAAUCGGCGAGAAUCACUGCAGCCAACAUUGCUGCAGUCAUGGAGCAGCAACAGCAGCAUGCUGAGGAUGCUUCCCCAUUGGACACCGACCAGCCUGCUACUAUUGCUUUCUUGGCAUCGUCGCCAACCGCGGUUUUGCCCAGACCUCGCAAGCCAGGAGCUGCGAAUGAGAAAGGACAGGCAUUCUAGUCGGAUUUCAGGAUUGUUUGGGUUUGGGCAGCGCACGCCCAAGCAUCAGACACAAGCCCAGCAGGCAGGCGGCAGUCUGCGUGUAGUCACCGAUCUACAGUCCCUGCGCGGAGCUUCUUCUAAUGGCAGCCAGACCGUCAACACCUCAAUGGCAAACCAUGCCAGUAUCAACACCGGACCGUCUUCGUCAGACAGCCAAAAGAAGAGCGGCUCACCGUCGACGGUUUCACGGCGCUGGCGCUUCCCGUUCCAAAAGGCACGUCCGGCAAUUCCUAUUGAGGACGCCGACGCGGCAGCAGCCAGCGAUCAGGGCGGCAACGACAGCGAGGCUGCUACCCCAUCGCCGCUAGACACAGCUGCCAGGCGCACAUUGCGGCAAAGCAGAUACCGUGCAGGCACAACCAGCGACAUCGAGUCGCCGCAGACAGCCAGCAGCGCAGCAGCGCAGCUGUCGGCAAGCCAGUCGCGGCCCUACAGCAUGGUAGAGAGUGGCAGCAGCGCCGUCAGCCCUGCAUCGGCGACCACCACUGGUAGCGGCAGCAGCAGCGCUACAUCUCGCGGCCUCCGCCAGGCGCCGCCGCAGCUAGCAACCUCGAAGAGCUUCCUCAGCACGCAGAGCUCCAGUUCGCAGCGGGCGCGAGCCAUGCAUAUGCUGCAGAGCACGUCGCCGAUUUCGCCGCUAAUGGGGCAUAUGCUGAAGCCGCGGCGGCGGUCGAGUGCAAACACAGGCGCUGGAUGAAGCCGAGAGCAGCGGGUCGUCGAUGCGGAUUGUGCUGGCCAAGCGCGAGCGUGACCGUGGGUUUAUGCCCGUGAAUAUUAACGGGCUGAUUUCAGGCGCCGGCAUCGUCGAAAAGAUCGUCAGCUCACUAUACGCCGACACAUCACACGUGCCGCCGCCGCCGCCACCGCCUGGCGGGUGGUCCAUGUCACUGCAGAUGAGCGACGGGUCAGUGAAGCGCAUUGGCUCGGAGGGCGAGCUG